ACUAUGAGAACGGAGAGAUGCUUUAAUACUAAAUAAGCUACUAUGUUUUUUGUGGAGUCUUUUGAGCAGUGGAGCAACCAGGGGCGGACUGACAACUCAUGGGGCCCCCAGGCAAUAGGGGAUCAUGGGGCCCUUGUGUCCUUGCCCAAACUCAAAAAAGCCUAUGAAAAAGGUACCAGGGGCAUUUCAUGGGGUCCCCUACUGACCCCAGGCCCUCGGGCAGUGCCCGAGUUUCCAAAUGGUCAGUCCGCCCCUGGGAGCAAC